CUAGCACAGUGUGUGUGUGUGUGUGUGUGUGUGUGCUUCCUCUGCUCCAGUGUGGGAGGAGUGUGGGCACACACACUUGCCUCUGCUAGCACAGUGUGUGUGUGUGUGUGUGUGUGUGUGUGCAGUAGCAGAGGAGCAGCACGGCUCAGACCGUACGGCUGGAGAGAACCGAGACAGAAUAAAGAGGCUUUGGUGGGGUUUUGACGGGUUUUGACGGGUUUUGCUAGGUUCUGCAGGGUUGUGAUCACGAGAUCACGCUCCGUUGUGCAGGACCUCCACCUGCCCCAAAAACAUCUCACUCCUCUGAUCGGUUUGGAAAUGGAGACGAAGGACGCUGGUGGAGUGGAGAUCGUGGGAUCUUUACAGGGCUAACAGGAGGAGCGUCUCCAUUCUCACUGCAGGAUCUCCAUAGAGGACCAUGCGUUCUCCUUGCACUACGUUCUCCAACUGCAAUUCAGCCGGUAAACAGCACCUCCAGUCUCCUGGUAGAAUAGAGCAGAUGGCAUAACUCAGUCACGCUGGAUUGCCGACGCAAGGCGGUUCUUGAAAGGUUCUUCAGCAGCAGGCAAGACUUGGGUGUAUCUUCACGCUGACUUGAGCCUGAAGGCUGUUCCUGCUCCGAAGGCUCGUCUUCUACCACAGCCAGUCGGGAUGGGACUCCACACAACUUUCUGACUCCUGUACAGUCGUUAACUUGGAAUUGCUGUUGACCAGCUGCGCACGGCAGGACAGCUCCUGACCGAAAGGCCUUCUAUGGGAUUUUGCAUGACUUUCUGAUUUCUGCAAAACUGCCAACAAAAUGGGCAACAGUUUCUCCACCAUCACCAUCUUCCAGCCCCUUCACGUGGUGAUCCUGGGUCUGGACUCUGCAGGAAAGACCACGGUCCUCUACCGCCUCAAAUUUAACGAGUUCGUGAACACAGUCCCAACCAUAGGAUUCAAUGCGGAGCGCGUGCGGCUGGCCGGCCGUGGGGUCACCUGCCACCUGUGGGACGCCGGUGGGCACGAGAAGCUUCGGGCCCUUUGGAGACCUUACAGCCGUCGCACGGAUGGCAUCGUCUAUGUGGUGGACUCUGUGGACGUGGAGCGGCUGGACGAGGCCCGGGCUGAGCUACACAGAGUGGCCCGGUUCUCUGAACACCAGGGGGCACCACUGCUCAUCCUCGCCAACAAGCAAGACCUGCCUGGCUCACUGUCCGCCGCGGAGGUGGAACGGAGGCUGGACCUGCAAGACAUCAGUCCAGGGGCUGCCUACCACGUCCAGCCAGCAUGUGCCAUCAUCGGAGAGGGACUGCAUGAGGGCAUGGACAAGCUGUGCGAAAUGAUCGUCAAGAGGAGGAAAAGCAUGAAGCAGAAGAAGAGACGGUGAUGAGGGAUGCUCUGUGUGUAGAAUCAUUAUGCUGCCUGUCAAAAGCUCCUAUCUUCUUCUAGAAAAUGUACAUUUUCUUACUUUUGGACUAUAGUGAAAAACAGCAGUUACCUUCUGGAGGCCUGAACUUUGUCCAAACUUUUGUCAAAAGACCACUCCAUGUUCCACAUCCCACGUACUGCUGCUACACUCCUAAAAAAAAAAGGUGCCACAAAGGGUUCUUUGAGCAAUGCCUUAGAGGAACCACUUAUGGAUCCCCAAAGAAUGUGCCAGUGAAAACUUUAUGCAGUGGUGGACGAAUAUUUUACCCAAGGUAUUUUACCCAAGGUAAAAUAUUCCUCCAGUAAAAGUAGAAGUUCCUCCCUUUAGACCUCCACUUGAGUAAAAGUACUAAAGUAUUUCCUUCAAAUGUACUUAAGUAUAAAGUAAAAGUACUAAAAG